AUGGAGUUUGCUCAUAGUAGUAAACAGGAUGUCUUUUGCACACCACCUAAAGAUUAUCUUCAAGAUUUUCAUCACCUCGAUCUUAAUUUUUCUUUUACAGGAGGAGGACCAUUAACCGUCAACACGAAUCCUGAUCAAAAUUUCAUGAUCGAAAUGAAUAAUAGUUAUGAUCCGUUAUUCAAUCCUCUCUCAAAUCAUGAUGAUAACUUCUCAUCAAUUGGUCAAGAUUUCAACUUUGGUUAUGAAUUCAAGCCAUUUGACCAAAUUGGUAGUGCAAGUGGUAGCACAUUAGUCAUGAAGAAUUUUGAGAGUUCUAUGGAUAUAAAUUACAACUUUAUUGGUGAUCAAGCUAUGAAACCUAUCAACUUCAAUGUUGUGCCUGAUGAAAGUUCAUGUAUUACUAGUACUGUUGAAAUUAAUGGUACUAAUAUUUAUGAUGAUAAAGAAAUUGGUAGAAAAAAGUAUAAGAAAAGUUUAUCUUCUUCAUCUAAGAGAGAAAUAGGAAGGGGUACUCGAAAAAAGUCAAAAUCAGGUCAAUGGACUAUUGAAGAAGACAGGAUUUUGAUCAAUUUGGUAGAGAGAUUUGGAGAUAGAAAAUGGUCACAAAUAGCACAAGUAUUGAAAGGGAGAAUAGGGAAGCAAUGUAGAGAGAGGUGGCAUAAUCAUCUUAGACCUGAUAUCAAAAAGGAUUUGUGGACGGAGGAAGAAGAUAUGAUCUUCAUUGAAGCACAUACAGAAGUAGGAAACAAAUGGGCAGAAAUAGCAAAGAGACUUGCUGGUAGAAGUGAGAAUUCUAUAAAGAACCAUUGGAAUGCUACAAAAAGAAGGCAAUUGUCAAGACGAAAAUGUCGCACAAAAUGGCCCAGGCCAAGCUCUAUCCUCCAGAAUUAUAUCAAAACCUUCAACUUCGAAAAGGGUAAUAAUACUAUUAAUGCACCUAAAGUAUUAGAACCAAUUCCUGCAGAUAAUGAUUUCAGUGAUGAAUUUGCUUUGGAUGACAAAAUGUUUGAUGAUUUGGAGAUUCCUUAUGAACUGAUGCAAGAUGGUGAAGUAAAUAAGGAGCUUGACUUGAUGGAUUUCAUUAAUAUUCCUACUAAUCUUAAUCAAGAGUAA